AUGGCAACCGAUCAAAUUCUCACGCUAUCCUGCCCGGACAAGCCGGGUAUUGUGCACGCUGUGACGGGCAUCUUCGCCCGCGAGGAGCACAAUAUCCUGGAUUUGCAGCAGUUCUCCGACCCCGUGAGCGAAAAAUUCUUCAUGAGGGUGCACUUCGGCCCCAGCCCAAGGGCGGCAGAAUCGACCGAGCAUUUGCGUCCUAUCUUUGACUCGCUGGCCGAGGACUACAAGAUGACGUAUAAGAUCAGACCUGUUUCCCAGAAACCUCGGGUGCUUAUCAUGGUGUCCAAGAUUGGGCACUGCCUCAAUGACCUCCUCUUCCGCGCCAAGGCCGGCCAACUCCCCAUUGAAAUUCCUCUGAUCGUGUCCAACCACCCGGAGUUCGCCGCACUCGCCGCAAGUUAUGGGAUUGAGUUUCACCAUCUCCCCGUCACGAAGGAGACCAAGGCGGUCCAGGAAGGGCAGAUUCUCGACCUCAUCAAGAAGCACAGCAUCGAACUUGUCGUCCUAGCACGAUACAUGCAGGUCCUCAGUCCGACCCUUUGCGAAGCCAUGUCCGGCCGCAUCAUCAACAUUCACCACAGCUUCCUGCCGUCUUUCAAGGGUGCCAAGCCGUACCAUCAAGCCUACGACCGGGGCGUCAAGAUCAUUGGCGCCACGGCGCACUUUGUCACAGCCGACCUGGACGAAGGCCCCAUCAUUGAGCAGCGGGUAGCGCGCGUUGACCACAGCAUUAACCCCAACGGGUUGGUCGAUGAAGGCUCCAACAUCGAGAGCCAAGUUCUCGCUGCUGCGGUCAAAUGGUAUGCGGAAGGCCGCGUUUUCCUGAAUGGCACCAAGACGGUUGUCUUUUAA